ACUAACUGCCAAUUGUUUCUCCUCCUCUUACUUUUUCUCUCCUUUGUUCUCUCCAUAUUUUGUUUCAUAUAAAUAUCAAUCACAAACACUUUGUGUAAUAUUUUUGUUGUGUUUUCUGUGUUUUGAUUUUUGUGUGUAUAUAUUUUGUUCAUAUGGCUCAUGAUAUUUCAUCUUCUAAGUUGUCAUCAAAGUGUGACAUAAAUUACUUAUCAGAUGAUUUAUUAGCCCAAAUCUUCACUUGUUUGCCAUUCAGAUCCACCGUUGGAUGCAAAUGUGUUUCAAAACGUUGGCUUGAUUUGAUUUCAAGUCCUUAUUUCAUAAAACAAUUUAUAUCUCAUCAACACUCUCUUUUCAAUUCAAUUUUGAUAUUUGUCACACCUCAUGAACUUGUAUUAGCUUUUUGGGAACAAAAUCCAUCUCUAGAAGAGAUUCCUAUCUCUUUCCCUCCUGAUAUGCUUAUCAAAGGAAGCAUAUGCGGUUCUUCAAACGGUUUAUUCUUAUGUUGUAAUAGCCGAUACACGUAUGGUAGCGGCUAUUAUGUUUAUGAUCCACUCACGAAAGAAUGUAUUACAAUACCGCCUUCUCCUUCAGCGCGUAACGAAAGUUUAUAUGCCGUAGGGUUUAUUUGCAACCCUAAGGGUCCAGAUGAACGCAACUUUCGAGUUGUGAUCAUCAAGUCAUUUAUUAGAAGAAUGUUUGAGAUCGAAUUAUAUGUUUUUUCAUCCGAGACCGGGCUAUGGAAACACAUUGUUAUGAAUAAUCCGGACGGGUUCACUUUUGCACCUCAUUGGCUUCUAAGUUUUUCAUAUGAUGCAAAAUUAUAUUUUAUGGGGAGGACAAGUAUUUUUGUGUUUGAUCCUUAUACAAACCAAAUGGAUAUCCUUAAUUAUCCAUUGGGAGCUGAUUCAAUGAAUAUAAUGAGUUUUGGUUUUCUUGGAAUCUCUUGUGGUGGUUUAAGGAUAGCUGAUAUUGGACAAAAUGAUUUGAGAGUUUGGGAACUAAUUGAAAAGAAUCAAUGGGAUUUGUUGCAUAGGAUUGAUAUAUCAAAAAAGAUGCCACAAAAAUUUUGUGGUAAUUAUUAUAAGAAGGUUGCAGGGUUUCAUCCAUAUGAUGGUGACAUUUUGUAUUUACAUUCUUAUGCUGAUGGAGUUUUUGUUUGCAAUUUAAGGACUGAAAAAUUUGAAGCUGUUCUUGGUUAUGAGAAAACUGAUAUAAGUCCUUUUCAAUUGGAGAUAGCAGAUUUGUUGUUGCAUCCAGAGUCAUCAUCACCAUCUUCCGAAUAAGAUUAUUAGAUGAAUAUUACAUCUGUUUUCUUGUUUAAUUUCUUAGAUUAUUAGGUGCUUAGUUUGUUAAGUUUUGAAUAAUACAAUUGUAUUAUUAUAUUUUUGUUCUAAUGAGUUUAGGGGAGAAAGUUAGACACUUUAAAUGCAAAGAAGUAGAAAAUUGCAGAUUCGAACUCGCAUCACAACAUCUAAAUUGUACCGAAUGCGAAGAAGUAGAAAAUUGCAAAUUUGAACCCACGCCACAAUAUAAUUGUACUUUAUUGUAGA